GUUUGGUUUGAAAUUAUACAAAUCGAAUAGAAUUUAAAUAAAUCAUGGACAUAGAAAACUAGCUAAAACAUAACUUCUUCAGAUUAUUUCAUUAUAUUAACAUUAAAAUUAAAAUAUCUUUUUACAGAUCGUGAAACUAGUUAAUAUUUUUUUCAAUUAUUUUAAUAAAUAACCGCAACCAUUUUAUUUGUUGAUGUUCAAUCAGUUAAAAUGGCUCUGCAGUUUUCGGAAGAUCAACUAAGCGAUGAUGAGAUUUUCUUUGGAAAACUCACUAUUAAAGAAGUGAAAAAACAUAUUUUGUGGAGUGAUCAUAAACAAAAUACGAAAAACAAACAUAACUAUGAAGAUAUCAAGAUUAUAGAAACCCAUUCUGAACCUGAUCUAAACAAAAAGGGGCUUAACAGUCCACCUAAGAAAGUGGUCUCUAACACAAAUUUAUCUCCAGACACACCAUUAUUCUCAAAUUGGAAUAUAAAACCAGCAGAUGACAGUUUCUUACAGGUUGAGAAAAUGGUCACAGACUUGUGUCAGUCACAAGAGAGUGAAAAGGUUACACAAUUAAACAACACAUUGGAUAUAAUUGAUUACAUUUUGAAUAACGGUCCUACUCAAACAUCUCCAUUAAAAAAUAAUGAAAACAAUAACUUAGAAAUAAGAGAUACAAAUAAUGUAGUAGAUAAAGCCUUAUCAUCUUUGACACAAGAUAAAUUAAAAACAAAUGAUGACUUCAUUAAGUCACCUAAGAAGUCCACACCUGUGAAUACUCAAAAACAGUCACAAAGUUCUUUGGUUACACCUUCUACUAAUUUAAAACAAAAUGAACUUUUUAAGACACCCAAAAAUCCAUUUUCACAAAAGAAACCAUCAACAUCUUCAUUGAAAAGAACACCUAGUAAAAACAAUGCUUAUCAGCACAUAGCAAGCCCUAUCGCUUCAUAUAUAAAGAAUUGCCCUGUUACACCACUAGUUAAAGAAGUGAGACCUAUGAGACCACUACCUGGUACAUCAUCUAUUCCUAAAUAUGUUUCAUCAGUGAAAAGCAGCUGUAAAGAAAAUAUUGAUUUACCACCAGUCGCAUAUAAAAGUGCCAAAAAAACUAAAGUGAUCACUAUGCCUGGUGAAGAAAAAUUGCCCGAGACACUGUUUAUGAAAAAAAUUACUUCAUCUUUGCCAAAACCAGUAAUUUUGAAGCAUAAUCAUAGAGAAAUGAACUAUGCUAAAAGAAUACUUGGAUCUAAACAAGAAGAUAGUUUUGCUGAUCUUUCACUUCGUCAGGCAGAUGUAUCAGUCUGUACUAAAAAAUCAGCUUUCAAUAAACCUAAAAAGCCGUUGUAACAUUAACAAAUUAUUGUGAGAUAUGAUGGAAUAAGAAGUAAAAAGUGUGGUAUCUACAAGAAUAGUUUGUUUUGGUACCUGAAUCAAUUUAGUUUUUAAA